UUCCAAACCCCGCGCGGUGUCGCGAGACUCGCUCCGGAGGGCACUUCCGGCGUCGGUCCGCCGUGGCCGGGUGUGCUUUAGCGAUGCGGCCCGGUCUUCUGCGGGGCGCCGUGCGGGGCCUCUGGGCGCGCCCGGCAGCGGCCCCGGGCCGCCGGCACCGGAGCGGAGGGUGUCUGCCGGUGGAGGAGCUGUUCGCCCGCGGCGGGCCGCUGCGCAGCUUCCUGGAGCGCCAGGCGGAGGCUCCGGCCCCGGUGCAGGCCCGCGGCCCCGAGCUGGCGGCCGCAGCCCGGCGGCUGAGCGAGAAGGAGCGGGAGCUGCGGGAGACCGAGCCCCUGCUGCACGAUGAAAAUGAAGACCUAAGGAAACUUGCAGAGAAUGAAAUAGCUUCCUGUCAAAAAGAAAUAGCUCAAUUGAAGCAUCAGAUUAUCUCACUUUUGGUUCCCUCAGAAGAAACAGAUGAAAAUGAUUUGAUCCUGGAGGUAACUGCAGGCGUUGGGGGUCAGGAGGCAAUGUUGUUUACGUCAGAGAUGUUUGAUAUGUAUCAGCAAUAUGCUGCUUUUAAAAGAUGGCAUUUUGAAACCCUGGAAUAUUUUCCAAGUGAAAUAGGGGGGCUUAGACACGCGUCUGCCAGCAUUGGGGGUGCAGAGGCCUAUCGGCACAUGAAGUUUGAAGGAGGUGUGCACAGAGUGCAGCGAGUGCCCAAGACAGAGAAGCAGGGCCGCAUUCACACCAGCACCAUGACCGUGGCGAUACUGCCCCUGCCCACCGAGAUUAAUCUAGUGAUUAAUCCUAAAGACUUGAGAAUUGAUACUAAGCGAGCCAGUGGAGCUGGGGGGCAGCAUGUAAAUACCACUGACAGUGCUGUCCGGAUAGUUCAUCUUCCAACAGGUGUUGUUUCUGAAUGCCAACAAGAGCGAUCUCAACUGAAAAAUAGAGAGAUGGCUAUGAAAAAGUUACGUGCAAAACUAUACAGCAUGCAGCUUGAAGAAGAAACAAGUAAAAGAUACAAUGCUAGAAAGAUUCAGAUUGGAACCAAAGGAAGGUCAGAGAAAAUAAGGACAUAUAAUUUCCCACAGAAUCGUGUCACAGAUCACAGGAUAAACACGUCAGUUCAUGAUCUUGAAACGUUUAUGCAAGGAGAGUACCUACUGGAUGAACUUGUACAGUCAUUGAAAGACUAUGCGGAUUAUGAAUCGUUAGUAGAAGUUAUUUCCAAAAAAACUUUAAAUUGAUUUGUUAUCAGAGACUUUUACAACUAAUGAAAACUUCUACUACAGCAAAUCAGGUUGUGUGUAAUCACCAAUACUUGAAAAACAUGAGUUAACACAGAAGCAAUAUACAUAUUUUUAGGACGGUUUAUAUAAAUAAAUGUAUAAGUAAAAACAUACAUAUAAUACAAUCAUGGCUCUGGUUAUGCAUUUUAGACAUCUUAAAAAGAAAUAGACAAAGGAAAGUUAUUGUUUUAUGUAAAAUAUUUAAUUUAGACUGAUCAAAAAUUAGUUUAUUAUAAAACACUUCAAACAUAUAGCAGAAAUAAAACAGUAAAUACUGUAUUUGUAGUUAAGGUCUAGUCAGGAAACAGAAACCAUACCAUUAAAAUUUUUUUGAGGGCUUUUACUGAUUUUAGAGAGGAGAGGAGAAGGGAAGGGAAGAGAGAGAGAAACAUCAAUGAGAUACAAAUAAACCACUGGCUGCCUCCUGCACACCCCCUACUGGGAGUUGAGCAGACAACCAGUCAGUGAGCCCUGACUUGACUGGGAAACCUGUAACCUCUGGGAGUGGGAUGAAGCUCCCGCACUAAGCCACACUGGCAGGGCAGUCCCAUUACUUUUAAUGGGGGUGAUUUUGAUAAAAUGUUUUAACUGAUAGUGGGAUUAGCUCUUGGGGACAACUCUAAUACACUAGGACUGAGGUUAUCCAAGGAAAGAACAUCCUUGGGAGGGGCUCCCCUUCCCCCAAGGUCAAGGCAGGCCUAGGGGAGAGGGUGUGGCUUCAGCUCAGGAGAUGGCAGAAAUUUUCCCUGGGUUAGAGCUGGUAGGUUCCAACUGCCUCCCAAAUAAAACUGAUUCUUAAGUGUGCAGAGGUCCACAUCUGUAUCCAGCAUCAUUUCAAAUUAGCCCGUUUUACACACCACCCCCUUAUGUCUUAUCAAAUAGCUUAUUUUUGUUUUACAAAUAAAUGAACCUGAUUUA